AAUGAAUAAUAAUACUAAUAAUGGAUUAAAUGAUGAAGAAUUGCUAAGACUAAUAAAGUAAGAAUUACAUUAUCCAAAUUCACCUGUUUAUGAUUAGAUAAGUGAUUAAUAUUCUUCGGUAAGUGAUGAAGAUGACAUUAUUAUAAGAGAUCCAGCCUCUGAAAUAAGUAAGACUAUAUAUUAUAUAUAUUUUAGCUGAUGAAUCAAGCUAAUCUCAGUAAUUUGAAAGGAAAAAAGGAAAAUGGAAAUAUGUACUCAAUUUAAAUUAAUAUUGUUUUAAAGUGUUGUCAAAAAUGCACAAAAUCAGACAAAGGAUCACUUAAACCAAAGACUUGUGUAUGCAUAGUUCCAGCAUCAUAAAGAAGAAUCUAAAUAGGAGAAUAAGGAUGUCUUUCAUGUCAUUGUACAGGUUGUUCAAUUGAAGAUGAGAAGAAGAAACAAAAAAAGAUUAAGAAGAAGAAGAAAUCAUCUUCUGUUUCUAGUUCCGAUGAAUCUUCAGAUUUCAAAACUGUUAAUGGAUGUUGCAAAAAAUGCAUGAAAGCAUUUUCUAAAAAGGGAAAGGAAGCUAAAGUAAAAAUAAUAAUUGAUCAUAAAAUAGUCUUGUUUAUGUUAAGUUCCAAGAGCUGUUCGAAAGAAACCUUUACCUGCACAUGGUUGUCAGUAUUGUGGAUGUCAUGGAUGUAAUCCUGAGGAUAAGAAAAAAGAGAAGAUUAAGAAGAAUAGUAGACAGCUUUCUCCAGUUUCUAAUGAAGCCAAUGAGUAGAAUCUCAAUAAUUUUCAAAAUGCUCGUAAUAUUAGGUUAUGAUGUUAGCAUUAAUAUAAUGGCUUAAUGCAUAAAAUCUAAACCCAGGCAUUUUAGGAAUUGGAAUACCAUAAAGGACAUACUCAUAUAUAUAUGGGAAGGAAUAAGGACGUUGAGAAUAAAAACUUAUAAAUUUAUUUAUAAUCAUAAACUCUUUUAAUCACUUAAUUGACGAAGACGUAGUAAUUUUAUUAUACAAUAGAUUAAAUAAUUUAUUUAUGGAUUAUAAUUCAAAAGUAUACCUAUAAAUGUAGCAUACAUGUGUUAAGCAUUGUACAAAUACUUUACUCAAAGCCUAGUUGGAUCCAUUAGAAAAUCUUUGUUUAAACAGAUGUGUAAACAAAUAUGCUGAAGCCAUUGAUUUUUCAAUGCAAUAAUUCAAGUAGACAAUUUACUCAUAGAAGGUUGCACACUUUAAAGUAAGAGGAACUAGCCAAAUAACAGUAAUUAAUGCAAUAAUAAAAAGAAAUGGUUAAAUCAUCACUUUUUGGUAAAUGA